GCUCAAGGAUUUCAAGCAAUUUCUUGUUCAUAAUAACGAUGACUGAGAGCUAACCAGCAAUGGCGAGAGCUAUAUUCUUGCUGUUGCCUAACCGAUAAUAUGRUUGUUGGUGAUAUCUGAUAUUACUUACAGUASGAACUAAAUGCGACCCGACUCGUAUUUGGACCGCUUCAGUAAAAUAAACAGUUUCUCUUGGGAUUACUUUAAGCUCAUAUUCGACAGCUGAGCCAGAUUCAAGAAGUCGAUCCAAGAAACAUGAAGUGCCAGUGCUUUAUUCUCAUAUAUGYUCUUUGGCUUUCUGAUGUAUCUUGUACGAAUAGCUCCGAAGUUCCAGAUAAAAUACUUGAACACAAACCAUACCGUUAUCUUGGGUGCUUCAUUGACAAAGAUGAUUCAUCACAACGUGCAAUGGGGAAAAAGCUUGGUGAACAUGACACGGUAACAAUGUGCGCCGAGAAAGCCUGGAAAAGAGGAUACGAAGUGUUUGGUGUCCAAAAUGGAAGCGAAUGUUGGUCAUCAAAGAACGCCAGCUUUACUUAUGGUAUUUAUGGUAACUCUUCUGGAUGCACCAACGGUACAGGUGGUGAAAUGGACAACGAUGUUUACGCAUUUCUUUCUUGUCCUGCAGGCCAUAUCAACACCAAUACUGAGAACCCUUGCCAACCAUGCCCUGUAAAUACAUAUAAAGAAGAUAAUGUCUCUUGUCAAAAGUGUGUUCGUUCGGCAAAGACGUGGGGAAGAUUAGGCGUAGAUAAGUCAAAUGGAUGCACAGAGGAAAACCCGAUUCAGGUGUCUUCGAUUCAUAUUAAACUCCUUCCACAAGUUCAACUUGUAGGGACCAUUUUGACUUUCAAUGCAAGCUACCACAACGGUUCUCUUGUUAUUCCACCGCUACGCUAUUCAAUAAAUAGCAUUACAAAACAAAACAUAUUUUCAAGAGACGGUUCCGUGGUAUCAUUAAUUAAAGAUGCUAUUUCAGAGUACUUUGAUUCCUGCUUACAGCUUGGGAACUUAUCUUAUCCAUUUUGUAUUCAUACCGAAAAUGGUAGUAUAAUGGCCAACAAGAACUUCAGUUGUAUUGAAGGAGAUAAGUUCGUGUUGAAYAUAAAUGUGUCGGACUCUGCUGAAGAAKAYAAGGGUAUUAUUUCGAACUCGAAUGGGAGCGUAACUGUGACAUGCACAGAUUCUUGUAAGGCUGUUCGACCAUUAUAUAACAAAGCAAACAAUACAUGUAGGACAUGUCAAAGUAUUCAUGCAAAAGAGAACAUUAGCUUCCCCAACAACGGCUCGAGUGAAAUUCAACCCAAAUGGUCUUGGACAAAGUAUGAUUUGUACGCAGUAUAUUUAAUAAAAAGCGAGGGGAAAAUGUUAAGUAAUCCCUGCGUUUUGAAAUUUAGCUAUGAAGCUUCCAAUGGAAUUUUGGUUACUAACCCAAAAUUCGACAUCGGUAUAAAUGACACGAUCGAGUCAAUAAUUCUGGAAAAACCACUUCGACUGACAGUGCACACGUUCACGUUGGCUCUAAUUUGCAGUAACAACACAAAUGGCUUGUCUAAUAUAUCAAGGGUAUUGUUUACCGUUAUACCACGCAGUGUUAACUGCACUACUUCAAACGAAACAUGUCUAAAAUCUUUGUACAACUGGAAAAUGAAAAUCAAAAGAUCACCGACUGAUUGCAAAAAAGAUCCUUCAAAACUCAUGGAUUGUUAUGGACACUGCGUGGAAAAACCAGAUAUUCGCGGACCAAGAGAUUGGCGAGGAAUAUCAGAACAGGAUGUACUUUUKCAUUGCAACGUCACAAGUAUAAUGCCAUUUCAAAUUGAAUGGCUGAAGGACGGUAAUAAAGUUGGCAGCGGACAGACUCUUYYAGUAAGAGCGAAUACSACUAACCAAGGCGAAUAUUUAUGCCAAGUCACUAAUAUAUUUGGAUCAUGGAAAAGGACUGCUCUAUUCGUGCUGACAGAUUAUUUCACAUCGUACGUGAAGAUAAAGUUGAACAAGGAGUACCAAACAAGUAAAAAAACUUUGAAUAUCUGCACAACUGAAUGUAGACGUCUUGCCAAUUCUCUUGUGAAUUAUUCGACAGGACCUUGUAGAAAAGCAUUAAUGAAUUUGGGUGGCAAUAUCGGUGUCGAGUGCACGCUUUAUGGAAAGAUACAGAGUCAAAAGCUUGAUGAGUAUUAUGACACUUUGAUUACUAAACUCAAAGAUGAAGUAAGAAACGAAAACAUACUAGAAUUUUCCGUAAGAGAUGCAGAAUUUUGCUUACGAGAAAACACAGGGACACCAGAUCUUCGAGGCGUCUUUAAUUGGAACUUAACAAGAAGAAGUGAUAAGCAUAGUCUACCUUGUCCUUAUGGUCCUAGUGCGAAGACAGCAACAAGACAAUGUGGUGGGAAGUUCACAAUAGGUGCUACUUGGAACGGCCCCAAUGAUAAUAAUUGCAAUGACAAGCCGACAAAUACUGGUGCUUUAGAUAAACUAAACAAGACCAAAGUGGACUCUGAAAACGCCAAAGAGGUUGCACAAAAUCUUUCUAAAAUAUUUAAGAAGUCAUCUUCAAAGAAKCUGACUGGAAAAGAUGCUAGUCUGGCUGCAAAUUUAUUGGAAGAUAUUGUAUCUUUUACAGAAAAGCUCAAUGAGACUGCUGGCCUGGUGCUUGAAGUGAUUGAUACUAUCAUGGAGAUGGAUGUAACAACCCUCGGUUCAAGAGCAGAUGCCACGAGCAAAAUCAUAAAAGUAUUGGACAAAGUAGCCGAAAAUAUUCCCAUCGAAGAAGGAAAAACGUCGAAGGUUUUGACGACUGGAAACUUGGUUCUUCAAGCCAACAAAGCCAACAAAAACUCUUUCAAGGGUUUAAGCUUUGGGGUUAGAACUGAUGGCUCCGUUACCAACACUGCAGAAGAAAGUACGGUAUCAGUGGAGCUACCUUCUUCUGUUUUGGAACACUCAAGCCAGUCAUCUUCUCGUGUUGGAUUCAUUUACUAUGGCAAUAAUAAACUAUUUCAGUCUGAACUUGGUGGUGGGAAUACAACGAAACUCAGUGAGCAGAUUCUAAGUAGUAGUGUGUACAAUACGAAAACGUCCAGUUUGUCAGACCCUUUGAAACUUAAAAUUCCAAGACCGAUAGGGAAAGAUGUCAAAUCGUUGAGGAAUUCUUCUUGUGUGUACUGGGGUGAACAAGGACGCCAAUGGCUGAGAGAUGGCUGUACCUUAUGUAAAGAAGAUGUAAAAUCAGUGCAAUGUUGUUGCGAUCAUAUGACGAGCUUCGCUGUUCUCUUUUCACCUCAAGCAUCUGUAAUACCCCAAGAAAAGACUGGUCACGCCAARGUUCUCAGUAUUAUAACGUACGUUGGUUGUGGUAUAUCUCUUCUUGGUGUCUUACUGACCUUCUUAACUUAUUUACUUUUCAGGCAUUUGCGCAAGACCAAUCAGCAGCCUAUUCUGAUGAACAUAUGUGCAGCCAUUGGAUUYUUACUCAUUGUGUUCGUAGCUGGUAUCAAUAGCACUAAUUAUACACGGGGUUGUCAAAUUGUUGCUGUACUACUCCAAUACUUAACCCUUGUCACUGUGCUAUGGAUGGGUAUCGAGGCAUAUAACUUAUACCUACAGAUAGUUAAAGUCAUGGCUAUAUACCAACGUAAAUUCAUGCUGAAAGCUGCGAUGGUCGGCUGGGGUUUACCUCUGCUUAUUGUACUUGUAACCCUUACUGCAGCAAUUAUCCAAUACAAACAAAGYAAUGAAAGUAUCGAAUUUUACUAUGGUAGCAAGGAAGUGUGUAUUCUUCACAAUCAUCUUUAUCGAAUCAUUGGUUGGUUUUCUCCUAUUCUUGUCAUUCUGGUAAUAAAUUUUGCUAUUUUCUUCGUUGUUGUUCGUAAGCUAAAUUCAACAGGGGCAAUGACUCCAGUUGAAACUAAAUCUGCACAACGAAAACGUUGCUGGACUGCCUUCGCUAUUUUGUGGCUWYUGGGUCUUACUUGGUUGUUUGGAGCACUUGCCAUUUCAGACGCAAGAAUCGUCUUCGAAUAUCUAUUCUGCAUUUUCAAUUCGUUACAAGGAUUUUUCAUCUUUUUCUUCCACUGCGUAAGAAUUCCUGAAGUUCGUAAACAAUGGAGCUUUUUCGUUAGCGGCUUGGGAUUUAGYCACAAGGAUAGYGAGCCAUCUCGUCCAAGAUCACGUGGUAUYGGGGAGAGUCACCAUAGUUCUCAAGAGAAUGGUCGAGUGCGAGGAAAGUCCUUCACUCCGUCCRAUAAGGACGCUCCACGGAAAGAAACUAUGCUAACAACAGUUGACGACCAAAAAAACGGCAAUGCAUAUCAUGAUGCAAAGAAAAUUGAUAUUGAGCUCGAUAACGUUAAUCACCAUAGUAACUAUGCAGUAGAUGAAUCUUGAUGAAUUACAAACCGUUAUAUAUAGACAAGUUCACGUCAUCGUCCGCAAAAACGCACGAAAGGAAUUCAUUGCAUGUACCUUCUAUAAUUCCGAUAACAAAACGAAAAAGGGACUGGGUCCGAACUUYGAAAUCUAAUUAAAUAAUGGUUCCAGAAAGAAUAACCCAAUCAUGUGAGAGAGCACCAUAUAAAAGGCUUACUGACUAAGUUUCAUGAUGUUUGAACGUAUAACAAUAAAGUUGCGGACAUUCAAACCAUGCAAAAAUUACAAAGAAAUGUAUGGUGUCCAGCCAAAGCGUCCAACCAAACAUACAUAUAUUCUUUGUAAUUUUAGAAAUUUUUGAAAAAUUCUUUUUCCAUUUCUAAUGACUUAAACUUGCUCAAACUUUAAACUUUGGCUAAUUUAUAUGUGCUUUACCUAUCGACAACAGAUUUCUGAAAGAUUGUAUCACUUUUGAAAAAUUCAGUUCCAGGCCCCUGCUCGUUUUAUUAUCGGCCAAUAGAGCAAGUMAUCUUAUAACUAAGUUAGCGAUUGAAAAUGAGAUCAAAGUUGACGAUUUGAAGGCCCACGUGA